AGCAUGAAAAACUUAGAAAUAAAAUCCCAAUAAUUGUUUAUAUCUCUCUCUCUAUCUCUCUCUUCUUAUUUUGACCUUUAAAACUUUUUUUUUGAUCCCUUAUAAUGGAACAAGAAGGUAAGAACAAGGUGAAUGGGAUGGAGGUGGAGAACGGAAAGAGAGAGACCGGGUCGAGGAAAGGAGUCGAGUUAGCGAUGAGAGUGUUGGCUUUGGUCCUAACAAUGACGGCUGCAAUAGUACUUGGUGUCGCGAAACAGACAAAGGUUGUUCCUAUAAAGCUUAUUCCAACCUUGCCUCCUCUUGAUGUCUCUACAACCGCCAAAGCAUCUUACUUGUCUGCUUUUGUGUACAACGUUUCUGUAAACGCUAUAGCCUGCGGUUACACAGCCAUCUCAAUAGUGAUUCUAAUGAUCAGCAAAGGCAAAAGAAGCAAAGGCUUGUUAAUGGCGGUUUUGAUAGGAGAUCUAGUGAUGGUGGCUUUGCUCUUUUCCGGCACAGGAGCCUCUGGAGCAAUCGGGCUAAUGGGUAAACAAGGGAACGAUCAUGUGAUGUGGAAGAAAGUUUGUGGCGUUUUUGGCAAAUUCUGUAACCAAGCUGCUGCUUCGAUUGCUAUAACUCUUAUUGCUUCAGUUGUGUUUAUGGGUAUUGUCGUUCUUGAUGCUAUGAAACUUCCUUAGUCUUUUUUAAAACCAGAAAACACAAAUAAGGUUUUUCUUGAUUUGCUCUGUUUCUUUCUUGUUUGUUUGUGUUAUGUAAAGUCAUCAUCAUCAAUUAUGUAAUUGUCUAUUUGAUUUCAAUGUUUGAAAACUUCAUGGUCCUAUUGUGAGAAGAUUUA